UGGGGCCCGGCGCGAGUGUGUGUGAGUGUGAGUGAGUGAGUGUGUGUGUGUGUGUUGUGAGCGCCCGGCAGCGCGUCGGGAGCUGCGGCGCGCUCCCCCGGAGCCCGAGGAGGACCAGCGAGGGCUGGUGGCCAGGGCUGGUGGGGGCGGCGUGUUCGAGUGGCUGGGAGUGUGUGUGCGCGCGCGAGCGGCGGAGAAUCAGGAAGUCACAGCAGCGAAGCGCACACAGACAUGUUUGAUCGCCGUGACAUGACGCGCGCGAGGGAGGAAGCGGCGGCUACGGCGGCGGGGGCCGGGCCGCGGGCUCGGGCGCCGGCCUAGGGCUGCGGCUCGGAGGACUCGCUCCCCGCCGCGCUGCGCGCUGCCUCCCCACGCUCCACCGGCGCUGAGCCCCUUUUGUGUUCCGCGUCCCCCAGUAUCACUCUGCUGGCUGGCAGAGACCGGAGAAGUAGAUGUCCACGCCCACAGACCCUGGUGCCAUGCCCCAUCCAGGGCCCUCACCGGGGCCCGGACCCUCCCCUGGACCAAUUCUUGGACCUAGUCCCGGCCCAGGACCAUCCCCAGGCUCCGUCCACAGCAUGAUGGGGCCAAGUCCUGGACCUCCGAGCGUCUCACAUCCGAUGCCGACAAUGGGGUCUGCGGACUUCCCCCAGGAGGGCAUGCAUCAGAUGCAUAAGCCCAUCGAUGGUAUGCAUGACAAGGGGAUCGUGGAAGAUAUCCACUGUGGCUCCAUGAAGGGCAGCAGUAUGCGACCACCGCACCCGGGAAUGGGCCCUCCCCAGAGUCCCAUGGAUCAGCACAGCCAAGGUUACAUGUCACCGCAUCCAUCUCCACUGGGAGCCCCAGAGCACGUCUCCAGCCCUAUCUCCGGAGGAGGCCCAACCCCGCCCCAGAUGCCACCGAACCAGCCAGGGCCCCUCAUCCAGGGAGAUCCGCAGGCCAUGAGCCAGCCCAAUAGAGGUCCCUCGCCUUUCAGCCCUGUCCAGCUGCAUCAGCUGCGAGCUCAGAUUUUAGCUUACAAAAUGCUGGCCCGGGGCCAGCCCCUCCCCGAAACACUGCAGCUCGCAGUCCAGGGGAAAAGGACGUUGCCCGGCAUGCAGCAGCAGCCCCAGCAGCAGCCCCAACAGCAACCACAGCAGCAGCAACAGCAGCAGCCGCAGCCGCAGCAGCAGCCGCAGCCGCAGCAGCAGCAGCAGCAGCAGCAACAGCAAGCUCAGCUGCCACAAACGCUGAUGGCCUUUGGUGGCCCCGCCAGACCAUCUGGCCCAGGGCAGGAGCUGAGCGGUCCAGGCACCCCACAGAAGCUGCAGGCACUCAGCGGCCGGCCCUCGCCCGCGCCCCCAGCUGCCGCCCAGCCCCCCGCGGCUGCCGUGCCCGGGCCGUCGGUGCAGGCCCCAGCUCCGGGGCAGCCCUCGCCCAUCCUACAGCUGCAGCAGAAGCAGAGCCGCAUCAGCCCCAUCCAGAAGCCGCAAGGCCUGGACCCCGUGGAGAUUCUGCAGGAACGAGAAUACAGACUUCAGGCUCGCAUAGCUCAUAGGAUACAAGAACUGGAAAAUCUGCCUGGCUCUUUGCCACCGGAUUUACGAACCAAAGCGACUGUGGAACUGAAAGCACUUCGGUUACUCAAUUUCCAACGUCAGCUGCGACAGGAGGUGGUGGCCUGCAUGCGCAGGGACACGACCCUCGAGACAGCUCUCAACUCCAAAGCAUACAAGCGGAGCAAGCGCCAGACUCUGAGAGAAGCCCGCAUGACCGAGAAGCUGGAGAAGCAGCAGAAGAUCGAGCAGGAGAGGAAGCGCCGGCAGAAACACCAGGAAUACUUGAACAGCAUUUUGCAACAUGCAAAGGAUUUUAAGGAGUACCACCGCUCUGUGGCGGGGAAGAUCCAGAAGCUUUCCAAAGCAGUGGCAACCUGGCACGCCAACACCGAGAGGGAGCAGAAGAAGGAGACGGAGCGCAUCGAGAAGGAGAGAAUGCGGAGACUGAUGGCUGAAGAUGAAGAGGGCUAUAGGAAGCUGAUCGACCAAAAGAAGGACAGGCGUUUAGCCUACCUUCUGCAGCAGACCGACGAGUACGUGGCCAAUCUCACCAACCUGGUGUGGGAGCACAAGCAAGCCCAAGCAGCCAAAGAGAAGAAGAAGAGGAGGAGGAGGAAGAAGAAGGCCGAGGAGAAUGCAGAGGGAGGCGAGUCCGCGCUGGGACCAGAUGGAGAGCCAAUAGAUGAGAGCAGUCAGAUGAGCGACCUCCCCGUCAAAGUGACGCACACGGAAACCGGCAAGGUCCUGUUUGGACCAGAAGCACCCAAAGCGAGUCAGCUGGACGCCUGGUUGGAGAUGAAUCCUGGUUACGAAGUGGCCCCGAGAUCUGACAGUGAAGAGAGUGAUUCCGAUUACGAGGAGGAGGAUGAGGAGGAAGAGUCCAGUAGGCAGGAAACGGAAGAGAAGAUACUUCUGGAUCCCAACAGCGAGGAAGUCUCUGAGAAGGAUGCCAAGCAGAUCAUUGAGACAGCCAAGCAAGACGUGGAUGAUGAGUACAGUAUGCAGUACAGUGCCAGAGGGUCCCAGUCCUACUACACCGUGGCCCACGCCAUCUCGGAGAGGGUGGAGAAGCAGUCCGCCCUCCUCAUCAACGGGACCCUAAAGCAUUACCAGCUGCAGGGCCUGGAAUGGAUGGUUUCCCUGUAUAAUAACAAUCUGAACGGAAUCUUAGCUGAUGAAAUGGGGCUAGGAAAGACCAUACAGACCAUUGCACUCAUCACGUACCUGAUGGAGCACAAACGACUCAAUGGCCCCUAUCUCAUCAUCGUUCCCCUUUCGACUCUAUCUAACUGGACAUAUGAAUUUGACAAAUGGGCUCCUUCUGUGGUGAAAAUUUCUUACAAGGGCACCCCUGCCAUGCGUCGCUCUCUUGUGCCCCAGCUGCGGAGUGGCAAAUUCAAUGUCCUCCUGACUACUUACGAGUACAUUAUAAAAGACAAGCACAUUCUCGCAAAGAUUCGGUGGAAAUACAUGAUCGUGGACGAAGGCCACCGGAUGAAGAACCACCACUGCAAGCUGACCCAAGUCUUGAAUACCCACUACGUGGCCCCCAGAAGGAUCCUCUUGACCGGCACCCCGCUACAGAAUAAGCUCCCCGAACUCUGGGCUCUCCUCAACUUCCUCCUCCCCACAAUUUUUAAGAGUUGCAGCACAUUCGAACAGUGGUUUAAUGCUCCAUUUGCCAUGACUGGCGAAAGGGUGGACUUGAAUGAAGAAGAAACUAUACUGAUCAUCCGGCGUCUACAUAAGGUGCUGAGGCCGUUUUUACUGAGGAGACUGAAGAAAGAGGUUGAAUCCCAGCUUCCAGAAAAAGUAGAGUAUGUGAUCAAGUGUGACAUGUCGGCUCUGCAGAAGAUUCUGUAUCGUCACAUGCAAGCCAAGGGCAUCCUCCUCACAGACGGCUCUGAGAAAGACAAGAAGGGGAAAGGCGGGGCGAAGACGCUUAUGAACACUAUCAUGCAGCUGAGGAAGAUCUGCAAUCACCCGUACAUGUUCCAGCACAUAGAGGAAUCCUUUGCUGAACACCUGGGCUACUCAAAUGGAGUCAUCAAUGGGGCUGAGCUGUACCGGGCCUCGGGAAAGUUCGAGCUCCUUGAUCGUAUUCUGCCCAAGCUGAGAGCGACCAAUCACCGCGUGCUGCUCUUCUGCCAGAUGACCUCCCUCAUGACCAUCAUGGAGGAUUAUUUUGCUUUUCGCAACUUCCUUUAUCUGCGCCUUGACGGCACCACCAAGUCUGAAGAUCGUGCUGCUUUGCUGAAGAAAUUCAACGAGCCUGGGUCCCAGUAUUUCAUCUUCUUGCUGAGCACACGAGCAGGAGGCCUGGGCUUAAAUCUGCAGGCGGCCGACACGGUGGUCAUUUUCGACAGCGACUGGAACCCACACCAGGACCUGCAGGCACAGGACCGAGCGCACCGCAUCGGCCAGCAGAACGAGGUGCGGGUGCUGCGACUGUGCACCGUGAACAGUGUGGAGGAGAAGAUUCUCGCAGCCGCCAAAUACAAGCUGAACGUGGAUCAGAAGGUGAUCCAGGCGGGCAUGUUUGAUCAGAAGUCGUCGAGCCACGAGCGCAGGGCGUUCCUGCAGGCCAUCCUGGAGCACGAGGAGGAGAACGAGGAAGAAGAUGAAGUUCCAGACGAUGAGACUCUGAACCAGAUGAUUGCCCGGCGGGAGGAAGAAUUCGACCUUUUUAUGCGCAUGGACAUGGACCGGCGGAGGGAGGACGCGAGGAAUCCCAAGCGCAAGCCCCGCUUGAUGGAGGAAGAUGAGCUGCCCUCCUGGAUUAUCAAGGAUGAUGCCGAGGUGGAGAGGCUUACAUGCGAAGAGGAGGAGGAGAAGAUAUUUGGUAGGGGGUCCCGGCAGCGCCGCGACGUGGACUACAGUGACGCCCUCACGGAGAAGCAGUGGCUCAGGGCCAUUGAAGACGGCAAUUUGGAAGAAAUGGAAGAGGAAGUGCGGCUUAAAAAGCGAAAAAGACGAAGAAACGUGGAUAAAGAUCCCGCAAAAGAAGAUGUGGAAAAAGCUAAGAAGAGAAGAGGCCGCCCUCCGGCUGAGAAGCUCUCCCCAAAUCCCCCCAAACUGACGAAGCAGAUGAACGCGAUCAUCGAUACUGUGAUAAACUACAAAGACAGUUCAGGGCGGCAGCUCAGCGAAGUCUUCAUUCAGUUACCUUCCAGGAAAGAAUUACCAGAAUACUAUGAACUGAUUAGGAAGCCAGUGGAUUUCAAAAAAAUAAAGGAGAGAAUCCGCAACCACAAGUACCGGAGCCUGGGCGACCUGGAGAAGGAUGUCAUGCUCCUCUGCCACAACGCUCAGACGUUCAACCUGGAGGGCUCUCAGAUCUACGAAGACUCCAUCGUCUUACAGUCAGUGUUCAAGAGUGCUCGGCAGAAAAUUGCCAAAGAGGAGGAGAGCGAGGAUGAGAGCAAUGAAGAGGAGGAAGAGGAAGAGGAGGAGGAGUCCGAGUCUGAAGCGAAAUCGGUUAAGGUGAAAAUCAAGCUCAAUAAAAAAGAUGAGAAAAGCCGAGACAAAGGAAAAGGGAAGAAAAGGCCAAAUCGAGGAAAAGCCAAGCCUGUCGUGAGCGACUUUGACAGCGACGAGGAGCAGGAUGAGAACGAACAGUCGGAAGCAAGCGGGACUGAUGAUGAAUGAACAGUCUGGACCUUUUUUCCUUGGUAAAACUGACUUCCUUCCUUCCCCUCUCUGCCCAGUGAACCUACUUGUCAUAGUGGCACUGGGCCCUGUCAUCAUCCUCAUCUAUAAACUAGCUUUAGGAUAGUGCCAGACAAACAUAUGAUAUCAUGGUGUAAAAACACACACACACAACAUUUGUAACAUAUUGUGACCAAAUGGGCCUCAAAGAUUCAAAGAUUAAAAACAAACCAAUCUUUUGAUGGAAAAUAUGUGGGUGGAUAGUAUAUUUCUAUGGGUGGGUCUAAUUUGGUAAUAGUUUGAUUGUGCCUGGUUUUAUCACCCGUUCAGAUGAGAAGAUUUUUGUCUUUUGUAGCACUGAUAACCAGGAGAAGCCAUUAAAAGCCACUGGUUAUUUUAUUUUUCAUCAGGCAAUUUUCCAGGUUUUUAUUUGUUCGGUAUUUUUUUUUACACUGUGGUACAUAUAAGCAACUUUAAUAGGUGAUAAAUGUACAGUAGUCACAUUUCACCUGCAUAGACAUUUUUCCAUUUUAUGCUCUAUGAUCUGAAAACGAUGCUUUUUGAAUUGUAUAAGAUUUAUGUCUACUGUAAACAUUGCUUAAAAUUUUUUUUUUUGCUCUUGAUUUCAAAAAAAGUUUUGUUGAAAACGCUAUUGAAUAUUGCAAUCUAUAUAGUGUACUGGAUGGCUUUUUUGGUCAACCUGAUCUCCUAUGUUACCGAUGUGUAUCGUCUCCUUCUCCCUAAAGUGUACUUAAUCUUUGCUUUCUUUGCACAAUGUCUUUGGUUGCAAGUCAUAAGCCUGAGGCAAAUAAAAUUCCAGUAAUUUCAAAA